AUGCAUACCCAACAACUCACUCAUAUCUUUGUCGGUCCUGGUGCUGAUGAUGUUGCACCUGUAUCCAGUCACAACAUGGAUAUGGAUGUGGCUGCCUUCGCGCGAGAUGAAGCUCAGCUACAGGAGUCUGUCCUGAAGCUAUGCCCCGCGAACCUCUGGCACAAUGGUUCCUACGCAUCAGGAUGCCCUCGCCCUGUCCUUGUGGGUGGACAUCACCAGCAGCAGAUGCAAGAUCUGCAUGAGGCUUUGACAGCAGCCAUUAUGGAUAUUGUGCAACGCUGGUGGAGCGACACAGAAGCACGAUUCCCAGAACGUAUGCCCUUGGAGGCCAGAGAAGAAACACUUCUUCAGUGGAUCGAGAAACAAGUCGCGAUUGGUAACCUGCCUCAGUUUGCGCAUUGUCUAGGCUCAUGGCGCCCAGACUUCCUCGUGGAAGAAACCACCCAGCGCGAAGAAUUAUAUUGCAUCACCGAAAUCAAUGCGCGCUUCUCCUUCAAUGGGUUCAUGCAUGAGGCAUACGGUCAAGAAGCCAUCAAUCGGAGUGUUCGAAGUGAAACAACAGGGCUUGUUGGCGCCACGGACCCUUCGAGGAUCUUGCAGGGAUUAUUCAGCUUGUUCGAUCCGAACUAUCCUCUGCAUCUGCUGAAGGGUGACGAAAAGGGCAUCGAUAUUCACAUGUUUAUUGAAGCUGUCUGGCGUCGCUUCGGUAUUAAGCCUAGACUAGUAACACCAGCACAGCUGAGACUACUACCAGAUUUGCGCAGCAAGACAGGGUACAGACUAUGUUGCGUUGUCAAGAACCUCCAUGAGCCGGCGAUCAAUGCUUGGAGGUUCACAGCCAAGAAUGGCGAGGUCUGGGAAGAAAUCCACCAAGUUGGACUUGAACUCCACCAGCGUGAACUUGACGCAUUGGACCUGGGGGUGUUACAGCAGGUCAGCCUCCGAUGCUUUAACGACAUGCGUACCGUGUUACUUGUGCACGACAAACGUAUGCUGGGAAUUAUCAGGCAAGAAUUGCCGCGACUAUUGGCUCGUGGCGUUCUGACAGAUUCACAAGUUGAGGCUCUAAGCAGCGGUAUCGUUGAUACAAUUCUUCCUGGAUCCAAUGAGCUGAACAACCUCAUUCAAGCAUCAUGCAGUACUCCCGAACUACGACAUGGACAUAUUCUCAAACCUAUUCGGAGCGGCAAGGGUGAUGGGAUCAUUUUUGGCGAUGACCUGACGGCUGACGAAUGGAUGUCUCGUCUCAAGGGUCUGACUUCUGCUGAUAUCGUCCCUGGCGUAUCAUGUGUUGUACAGCGGCGCAUCAUUCCCCGCAACUAUGAUCUUGUACUACGUGCCUCAGAGGGAAUGGUACAAUAUCCUCUCGUUGGCACAUACCAUGUCGCUCAUGGGGAACUAUUGGGACUUGGCACCUGGAGAGCCAGUGGAGGACGUAUCGUUGCAGUGUCUUCUGGUGGGUCGUGGCUUUGUUCUGUUAUGAGAAAGUAG